ACCAUUUUUUUUAUUUUUUUUGGAAGCUAGUACACCGUAUUAUCGUAUAUUGUAUAAUAUACAGUGUAUCUUUAUUCUUUAACCGGCCAAUGCCACGCGUAACCAAUUGUCUUAAGCUCCAAGCCAAGGCUGAUUUCAAUGACCCUAAAAAAAAUGGAAAAAGUAAAAUAAAAAAGCGACUUCAUCACGUUCAUUUUACACCAAAUUCCUUUUCCAAUUUUAUUGGUUGGCCUCUCUUCUCACGCUAAACGUCAUUUUUUGCUCUCUCCUUCUACAAACUUCUGGUAGGAAACCUAAAUCUCUCACUACUUUCUCUUACCUCCAAUUUUCUCUCUCUACCUGUAACAAUGGCGUUCUACGAAAAAGCUUCUAGAGCCUUCUACAAUUAUCCGUCGCUUUCCAAGCUCCUCGUCGUCGUAACCGUCAGUGGAGGUGCUGGUGGGGGUCUUUUGGCUUAUUCAGAUUCAAAGCCACACAAUGUUGAAAAUGCUGUCAUUUCCCCUGAAGCUGAGAAAAAGAAAAAGAAGGUGGUGGUACUCGGAACUGGUUGGGCUGGAACUAGUUUCUUGAAGAAUCUGAAGAAUCCUGAUUAUGAUGUUCAUGUCAUAAGCCCUCGCAAUUACUUUGCAUUCACCCCUUUGCUACCUAGUGUCACUGUUGGUACAGUUGAAGCCCGUAGUAUCUGUGAACCAAUUCGUAAAAUGGUUAAGAAGAAAGAUGUUAGCGUUAGCUACUGGGAAGCUGAAUGUCUUAGUAUAGAUCCUGUAAGCAAGACAGUAAAAUGUCGAUCUACUCAAAAUGCUGAUUUGAAUGGGAAGGCUGAUUUUUCUGUGGACUAUGACUACCUUGUAAUUGCUAUGGGAGCUCGUUCUAACACAUUCAACACUCCAGGGGUAGAGGAGAAUGCUCAUUUCUUGAAGGAGGUGGAGGACGCUCAAAAGAUCCGUCAGAGUAUCAUUGAUUGCUUUGAGAAGGCUGCCCUCCCCACACUUAGUGAUGAGGAGAGGAAGAGAAUACUCCAUUUUGUUGUUGUUGGCGGUGGUCCAACUGGUGUCGAGUUUGCUGCAGAACUUCAUGAUUUUGUCAAUGAAGAUUUAGUGAGAUUGUAUCCCAAGGUUAAAGACCUUGUGAAGAUAACACUGUUGGAGGCAACAGAUCAUAUAUUGAACAUGUUUGAUAAGAGAAUUACAGCAUUUGCUGAGGAUAAGUUUCACAGGGAUGGUAUCAAUCUUCAAACUGGGUCAAUGGUCGUGAAUGUCACUAACAAAGAAAUAUCAACCAAAGCACUGAAGAAUGGUGGGACAAUAUCCUCCAUGCCCUAUGGAAUGCUGGUUUGGUCUACUGGCAUUGGAGCUCGUCCAGUGAUAAUGGACUUCAUGAAGCAAAUUAAUCAAGGCAAAAGGCGUGCCUUGGGAACUGAUGAGUGGCUUAGAGUGGAAGGAACUGGCGAAAUUUAUGCAUUGGGUGAUUGUGCAACCAUAGUCCAGCGCAAAGUCAUGGAAGAUAUUGCAGAUAUAUUCAAGAAGGCUGACAAGGAUAAUUCUGGAACUCUUACUGUAAAAGAGAUGCAGGAACUGGUUGACGACAUUCUAGAAAGAUACCCCCAAAUUGAACUUUACCUCAAGAACAGGAAACUGAAGAGUAUUGUUGAUUUGAUGAAGGAAGCCAAAGGAGAUGCAACCAAGGAAUCCAUUGAAUUAAACAUUGAAGAAUUCAGAUCAGCUCUCUCACAAGCUGAUUCUCAAAUGAAGAACCUUCCGGCAACUGCCCAGGUUGCUGCUCAGCAAGGUACUUAUCUAGCUGACUGCUUUAAUCGUAUGGAAGAGUGUGAAAAGAACCCUGAAGGCCCUAUCAGAAUCAGAGGAGAAGGUCAACAUCGGUUCAAACCUUUCAGGUAUCGGCAUUUUGGUCAAUUUGCUCCACUGGGAGGAGAGCAAGCUGCAGCUCAACUUCCUGGAGAUUGGGUGUCCAUUGGACACAGCACUCAGUGGUUGUGGUACUCCGUGUACGCCAGCAAACAAGUCAGCUGGCGUACAAGAGCUUUGGUGGUUGGAGACUGGUCGAGACGUUUCAUGUUUGGUCGGGACUCAAGUCGUAUUUAGAUCUGCUAAUGGUGGAUUGCUCCAGGUUCUGAUAGUGAACAAUAUUCGUAUUAAUACCAAAAACAAUAUUGUAAUCACACGUGCAUUCACGUGUCGCCAUUGGAGGUGGCAAAAUUUUGUCUAGAUACCUUGAUUCAUAUUUUUUGGCCCUCUUAGAACACUAGAACUUAUACAUUGAUGAUCGAUACAAACUACCAACAACAAAGUGGUGAGAUCAGAUGCUCAAGCUGGUGUUUCUAUGAUAAAAAAACAGUCCUCGGCUUACACAAUUUUUGGGUUAACAGAAAAUUUUAGUUAUUUUUCAACAGAAUUUAAAGAUAUACUUGUAUCUUGUUUGAUUUUGAGAUUCAAAUUGCAUUUUACUAUGCUAGUGUGAUGUAAAUUGCACAGUUGCAAGAAGAGUGUUCAUUCACUUCAUCGGGCAUUUGGGCUUAAUAAAGUUACUACUCGUAGUACGG